UUGCUUUGCGUUUAGCUCUAAUCGCACUUUUCCAAUGAGACGUCAUGUAGGGCACAUCUUUAUCACGCACACGCAUUUUUUUCACAGGUGCCACUUCGUCCAGUAUAUUGUUCAUAAGUGCAUUCCACACGUAAACUUGAUCGUCGACGUCAUCAAACAAUUGUCCAACGUGCCAUGGGGCAGAGGACAAAAGCUGUUUAUAAUGUUCAGGGUCAAAGUUCUUAUAGCUCCUAAAUGUGAUGACCUUUGGUUUGUUGUGAUUUAUUUUCUGCUUCAGGACACCGUAAACAAGGUCGUGAUCACUUAAGCAGGGAUGGUAAUUACCAGAUAGCUGGAAGCUAUCCUGUCUAUUAGUGAGCAAAACAUCUAUUAAACUCUCUGUUAUAAUUAUUCCACGCUUUUCUAUUCUUGUUGGCUUAGUAAUUAGACAUUCAAAACCUUGUUCAACUUCCAAAUCGAGAAGCAGUUUACCUUCAGGUUUGUCAGGGCGAAGUCUGUUCAGAUUUAGGUCGCCAGUAACUACAACAAAAUUUCCGUUCAAGCUUGCCCAGUUACAGACAUAACUGAGUUCGCUUUCCAACAGUGUUUGAUAUUCGCCACACAGAGCUCUCGGGGGACGAUAAAUACCAACAAUUACCAUAUUGUCCAUAUCUGUUUUGAUUUCGAAGGCAAUUAUUUCCAGUGUCUUAAAGGAUUUAUCAGGUUUAAGCUGUGUCCUGACUAGCGAUUGAGAUAUUAAAGCCAUAAUUCCACCGCCGCCCUUUUUCCUAUCAUUUCGGUAGAGGGAGUAGUUCGGAACUUUGAACUGAGCGUUGGGAUAGCUCGCGUCGAUCUUGGUCUCACUUACGAACAUUAAAGCAAAGGUCAAGGAGUAGUGACGUCACUGGACGGCAUUAACGGGCGGUCGAUUCAGACGUUACUAAGGGAGUAAUAACGACUCGAAGUAAUCGGAUGAAAUUCAGGUUAUGGCUCCGUUAGUUUCAAGUGUGCCGUGCCCAUCACAUGCCAUGCCCUCAGGCAUCUGUGAAGUCAAUAGCCUCCCAUUAACUGCUGCAUAUAUGCCUAGGGCUUACACAUCUUCGUAGGGAGUUUUAGGAGGUUUUUUACAAGAGGAGGAUUUUUACAAGAGGCUAAUGGGGAUGUGGCGCUGGAUGGGUUAGCAUUUUCACGACUGCGGUGACUAUAAUGGGGUAGCAUUUUCAAUAUAUUUAGUAGAAUGGGGUCGCAAAUUUUCGGAUUUUUGGGGUAAGUAGGGAUUCAAAAUGGGAAGAUUCUCGUUAAAAAAUCAGAAAGUUGUUGUUUAUUAAAUUUAACAAUAAGCUCGUAUUGACCGCAUUACAUUCCGCCGCUUGAAACCACAUUGAUAAGGUAGAUGCAUAAAUAGAAAGUGACUAAGUUGGGAUCGCGAAAAUUACAUUUUCCAAAAAGUGACUAAGAUGGGGUCUAUAAUUGGCCAAAAAAUAGACUAUAAUGGGGUAGGGGCUCUGAGAGGCCAGCGGCACAUACCCAGCAAACAUUAACCCAAGUACCCCCCCUAACUCGGGUUCAAAACAAGCUAUGGCAGUGCUAAACAAAUACACUUGUAUUUAUGGGUUUUAAAUUAAGCUUGAAAUUGUUAUAAUAAAUUUCAAUACACGCAAAAGAUGGGUUUAUAUCCGGGGAGGGGCUUAUAAUCGGGUGAAUUUUUUUGUUUUCUAGGUAGAUGGGCCCGAGUACAAGGGGGUCUUGUAAGAGGCAGUGUACUGUAUAGUGUUUUGCCAGGCUUUUCUUCAGGAUUACAUUGGGAGGCUUAGCGAAGAAGUGGGAGAGAAAUUGUCCUUGUUUCCGCGACUGCCACGGGUAAGGUGGGAGGAGGGGGGCAGUUGGGGGGCUUAUCUUAUAGAGCAGCCCUUUGAAUUAUUAAGUCAUUUCCUUGUCGUGCCCUUUUGAAGGGAAAUCUUCUUUGUUUAGGUGUUUCGAUACAGUUUUUGGGAGACCAUACCGAUGUUUUUCAAUCACCUUAAAAGUGAUUUUAUCCUUGUUCGAUCACUACAAAAACUAGUGAUGGCUAGCAUGGCUAGUACAUUUUAGUGUGAAUUUCAUUGCAUAUUUUGAAUGUAAAAACAAUGACAAUAUUCACCUUGAAAUGUACUAGCCAUCAAGGUAUGUAUGGUGGUCAUUAAUUUGGAAGAAUUAACAUAACGCCAUAACAGUGAAUGUUGUAAGGCGGAUGUUUGGCCGGUUCCUGGGCUAGGUUUGUCUUGAAAUUUCAAGGUGUUACAGUAAAUCAAUCUUAAUAAAAGUUUCAGACAUUAUUAUAUACAUCAUGAAGAUUAUGUGAUGAUGUUUAAAAAACAUUCUCUCGAGCCGUUUUUAAGUCAAAAUUUAGAGUAAAGUUGCACUUAGACAGGUGGUUAGAAAACAGGUUAGUUUUCAGAAUCUCAAAUAAAGAGAAUACACCAAAAUUUCCCAGCAUCAAAAUAUGAAGUUCAGCAGCCUUCUGACGCUACUUAAGUGAUUAAUUUGAGUUAUUUAGAACUUUUUUAUUAAACAAUUUAUCACGGCUAUUGAAAAUGUAAGGUUUGAAAUACAUUUGCGUUUUAUUUGAACAUAAAGAAUUUUUUACCUCUCACGGAGGUUAUUUGCUAAACACCACACUAGAAGUUCCUGGUUCCGGAUUUUCAGUAGCAGGUCUAGAUCGCUCUAAAUUCGGAUUUUAUCGAUUUCAAAGUUUUUUGUUUAUUGUUGUCAUAGUGAUAUCGAUUUUACCAAAACCUGCAUUUUGACAAACUUCAACUCUUAGUCAAUCACUGAUGAAAAGUUUGUAGCCAUCGGACAAGGACAAAUUCACUUUUAAGGCGAAUGAAAAACAUCGGUAUGGUCUCCGAAAAACUGUUUACUUAAUCAAGACGUCCUUUUGUUCUUGGGACAUCCUAACUUGAUCACAGAUAAGACAUAAUCAGCGGUGAUAAACUUUGUUAACUUUCACAUUUGUUUAUAAACUUGACUUUUCGUAAGCUAGUCAACAUCCUUUGUCAAAAGUUAUUAAACAAUUAUUGGUAGAGAUUUUUUGUGAUAUCCAGAAUGAUCAAGGUCGAGGUAGGGGUUAUCAGCCGAAGCGGAAGGCUGAGCCUGAAAACCCUUACCGAGAUCUUGAUUAUUCUGAAUAUCACAAAAACCGAAUCUAAUAAUUGUUUUAUUAUGCAUUCGACAUAAAAUGUUUUCAAACUUUGUGCCAACUCCUUAGGUUCCCUCAGUUUUUUCUCUUUCGUGUAAUCAGCAAGCAGCUUCUUUACCACCUUCGUCGACCUUUUAGUGCAGUUUGUGAGACCUUGUCUUCAACUAUUUUUUCAUUGUCUUGCUCGUCAAUGAAGCAAACCUGGAAGUCGUGUUUUUGCUUCUUUACUGACGGCAAGCAACACAAAGCGCGCGAACUUGACACGAUUACCCUUAAUAUAUAGAUUUAGCCAGGGCUAAAAGCGAAGCUCUCGAUAAUAUUUAUAGUUUGUUCAAACAAAAUAUAAAAUCGUGUAAUGCUAAGCGGCGAAGGCAACGCCAGAGAACGGAGAAAAAACAACAAUAGGUCUAAUUAGCAAAAAAGCAACUUUGCACGUGCAGCACACUUUUCUUGUACAUUUCUUUGCCGUUGUUUUGCAUGACCACAACGUGUUCAAACGUGUUCUACUUCACUUUUUUUUUUCACUGCCGCUCAUUUUCCCCUUGCAUUGGUGGCCGCUAGCAUUUCUCAUUUUGUCACCGCCGCUACAAAAUUUUCAUGUUGUUCUUCCAACAAAAAAUGUCUCCUUUGUUUUUUAUCUCUCGCUCUAGAUCUCUGUUGCCCUUUUUCUCGUUGAGUUUCGCUGGCCUGCCUCUUUUUCUCUUUUUCUCUGUCUUUCUCUGGCUCUAUAUUCCAAAUUUGUGGACAUGACAAUUAAUCUAAGCUUAAUACUUUAGAAAACACGGAUACAGAAACAAUUUCCGCUUUUCGGUUUCGUCUGUAUUGACUCUUUAGUUGCCUCUGCUUUACAGACGCGGGUGGCUAUGCGAUUUCCCGCCAAAAUAACCUCGAGUUGCAUUUGGGUUACCAUACCUGUUGAUUGAGUUAUUUCACAUUAGUAAGCCUGUGGUGCGGACGGACGGUCGGGCAUACGGUCACGUGAUUACCAAAUUUUCUCGGAUGGGUAGAUUACCACAUUUUCUUACCCAUGGUGCUCCGCAGGCGCGCUUCGUGCGCCAGAGCUCCGCUAAAAAUCAUGCACCGCGGUCAUACAUGACAUGAUUACCCGUGACCUUGAGUGUCCUUGACAUGAUUAUUGUAUAAUCUGCAGCUAGAUGAUGUCCCAGGCGCCUCAACAGCAAGUCAGAAAUAUCAAUAAGAAAUGCAACUCUUUUUUGAUUAAAUCCUUGAGGUAUACAGCUAUUUAAAAAAACAACGUUGUCGGAAGGAAAGCAAAAAGUCUUCAAGCCAAGACUGCAAGGUAAUGUGGGUUGUUUCAAAUCCGUCUUUUGCUGGCAAACAAUCACUCAACUAAACUGGUCGAUGAUUUUUAUUCGUCAUUCGUACUAAACCAUACUCAUCAUGAUUUUAGUUUUAACAAAUGCACAAGGUAACAGAACGUUUCAGAAGAAGUCAGCACCCUUGCUUAUUCCUAUUUUUUAAAGCAGUAAAGUUGUUCACCUUAGCAAGGAAAAAAGAAACCGAAUGUUACAUUUUAUCAAUUUGCAUAACGUGGUAACGAAUUGGGGGAAAAAAAUUAAAGAAACCUUUUUCCAAUGGUUCCCACUCAAGAAGUAUAAUCAAAGCUCGCCAAAGUUUAAAGUGCCUAUCACCUAAAAUUUUUUAUUUCUUAUCUGAAACUACACCUUAUUAAAAUAACUUCUGCGAAAAAACUGUCUUCUAGCGAAGACAUUGUGAUUCAAUCCUUACUUGUAAUUGAUCUUCUUUAUGUACAGCUGGUGAAGGAAAGGUAAUGCGAGUUCCUUAAUUUACGUCACAUGACGUCAUAUAUGAGCCUGCUAGUUUGCCUGAUCAGCGGCGCGUGUGUACCGCAAAAAUGUGGACUUCAAAAAUUGGUUAAAAAAUCGCGUUUUGUUGAAAUGGCAAAAUUUUUUCGCAGAAGUUAUUUUAAUAAGGUAUAAUUUCAGAUAAGAAAAUAUAAAAUUUUUAGGUGAUGGGCACUUUAAUGCAGGUAGUAUUUUGCACAACACCAGCAUGUGAGAAUGUGUGGACAACCACAUCGCCUUAAUUCCACCUCGUUCAAGUUUUGAAAUAAUGGCGAUUUUUCUGGAAAUGAAUUCUAAAAGACUAGUCUUAAGUAAAAAAAAAUAAAAGAAAAUUGUGGUCUGCUGUUUACUUCCCGCGUAAGACGUGGACAUUUGAAGCCGUAGUCGUGCAACAACGGCCAGGGACAAAAAAACGUGAUGGACGUGCAAAUUAAGUUGUUGUUUUGCUUAUUUAAACCUAUUGUUUUACGGGUCUCUUUUGUCGCUAUCGCAUUUGCUUAAGCUCCCUACUGUUUGAAGGCUCUCCAACCACCUCUGUUUUAAGAGUUUUCCAACGUUUAGAAAUAGUCUCACUUACAGAAAGACGUUCCAAACUCGUCUCAGGGACAAACGUGAGUGGCCGCUAAACCCUUACGAGGUCCUAUAGCAAGUCAUUAUAAAACUCCCAUAUUACCUUUCGGUCUUGGCAUGAAGGCUUUUUGCUUUUUUUCCGACAACGUUUUUUGAAAUAGUUGUAUACGGUGGUCACAAGCGCGUUUGAAACAGAUACUUGCUUACAUUUAUCCGUUUCGGGACACGUGACCUCAAAGAUAUUAGAGACCUUUAGUAUUAGGUUUUUCAUUGAAAACUGUCAACCGCUAAUCUGACAAUGUCACGUGACCCCGGUCUUGCGUUGCCUAGUCCUUAGGCCUCAUUAUUCCGAGCGGCCAAAGCUUUUCGGGUCACGUGGUCCAAGCGAAAAUGUUCGCCUCGGAUACGUCACCGAAAUUAAUUGACCCAGAGAGACUGGGAAAACGCCGUACAUGGACUAGGCAAGGACUGCGGUCGAGUUUGCAGUUUGCAGUUCACGUUUGAACGGCAGGAAGGGCAUCCAGCGGUAAGUGACUUACGGCAAGGGUUUUUCCACUUAAAAUUGUACAGCUUCACGAUUAAAGGCACGAAGUAGCUUUCUUUAUCCGUCUGCAAUGUGCUUGUUUGAUUUUUGAACUUGAAUAAGUGAAUUAUCCCUGUUUUUUGGGCUAUAAAAGUGAUGUACUUUGACUUGACAAAAAAAAAACAUGGCGGCAUUAAACAAUGAACGCCUUGCAAAAUUUGAAAUCCCGGCAAUGUGAAACUGCAAACGCGAAACUGCAAACUGCAGAUUGCGGAUUCCCAUGAAAAACCUAAUGAUAAAGGUCUUUAAUCAUAGCCAAACUCACAUGCUUGCAGUCUUCGAUCCAACAAAAUGUUGAAAACAUUAUAGUAUUCCAUCUCGUCAAGCAUCGUGAGCAAAUAACUUAAAGAAACAGAUUGGGCGUCAGGGUAGAAAUUCAAAGAAAUAGUUAUUUGCCCACUUACAAGGUCGUCAUCAGUACAUUUCAAGAAGAAUGCAACAUCACAUUUGCCCAAUCAAAAUCGUACCGAGUGAUCCCCAAUGAACACAAUCAUAGAUAAUUGCUCAGCCGUCAUCUGUACUUUUGCUUAUCUUAAAUUGUGAGCUAUUAAACAGCCCUCAGUUGUGGGGAAUCUUGCGAUUGCUGCCAACUCAAUGAUUUUCCCGAAAAAAUCCCGUUGAAAAACACUCACAGUUGCUUGGAUUUAACACAUAAUAUUUUCCUCUCACAAUCACAACGUACUCGGUUUACAUCCCAAACUCAACUACUCUGGAAUUUUAGAACAAUGAUACAAAGAAAUCUUUUUGCCCGUGUACUGAUGAAAAUAUACUUUUGCUUCAUUGGUUAAUUGUUCCUUAAAGCGACUGAUUUGGCAGAUAUGCUGAAUAAUUAGAUGUUUGUUUUAGGCUAAAUUAACUUUAAAAGGUUUCUUAUCUUUGAAGAAUGACAUCAAAAACUAAUUACGACACAAGUUUAUUUAUAGAGAACAUUCAUUGCACUUCCCACCAAUUUUUUUUAGCACUGUUUAAUUAUCCGCUUUCAACUUCCCUAGCCCUCGGCAACCUAUUUUAUUUUUAAUGGCAAGCUAAUAUUAGGUCUAUUUUUCAAAAGGUCCCAAUUCUCAGUCAUGGCCCUUUCAAAGGAAUAUACCAAUGAAGAACUGAACUACUUCAGAAUUUGUAAAGUUACUACCGAUAUACUAGCUGAGGGCCUGAGAGUAAUUUUCAAACAAGAGUGGGACAAUCAAUACAAGUCAUCACUCUUGGGAGAAUGGAAAGAUGAUCCUCAGAAUGGAACAGACUUUUGUAGCAUGGAGUCUCCAGCAAGCAAAAGAAGGAAUGGUCGUCUCUUGGCAACCAUGAAAAACGGGGAUAGAGGGGAAUGGGACUGUACAAUGUUAUUUUACGCCAUUCUUUUUUCCGACUGUGUUGGGAAAGGCAUCAAUGCAGCAGUGAGGACAAAUGUGGACAAUCUUAGAGAAUUUAGAAAUGAAGAAUUCGCUCACAUAACACAAGGCAACCUCUCUGACAAAGAUUUUCACAUCGCCAUUAGCAAAGUUCACAUUGCUUUUCAAGCGCUUGGUCUACCUACUGCUCAAAUUCAGAACAUAAAAAAUCAGAGAGCUUUUCCUACGGAAGAGUUGCGAAAGAUUCAGAAACAGGUUGACGAUCUCAAACGGGACCUUCAAGAAACGGAGAAUAAGAAAACAGUUCUUGAACAUCAGCUCCAGAAAGAAGCACCCUCAUUCUGCAUUAUUCCACCUAAACCUUCUCACGAAGUUGGAGGUUGUGAUCGUGAGGUAGCUAAGAUAACCCAACAGCUGAGAGAGCUUAAAGAGGCUAAUGAUAACAAGUUAAGUUAUCUUUACAUCUCAGGAAAUCCUGGAAGUGGCAAAUCGCAGCUAGCUGGCCUCGUAGCUCAGAAUUUCUUUGAUGAAGUCAAAAAAAUACCGGAAGCUUCUUCAUUUGUGAUGACCCUAAAUGCAGCAAGCCUAGAUUCACUUUUGGAAUCAUACGCCUCCUUUGCUCGUCAACUCAAGUGCCCGGAACACUUGGUCAUGCAUGUUCUGACCUCCAAAGAUUGGAAGGUUAAAGAGAAAAUCAACCAUCUUAAGAUGAUUGUUGCCGGGAAAAUCAACCUGUACACGUCGUGGCUAAUAGUGGUUGACAACGUCAGUAGCGUGCCUUCUAUCUUUGAUUUUCUGCCAAAGUCUGGACACGACGCAUGGAAAAAGGGUCAGAUGUUGAUUACAACACAGGAUACACAGUCUAUUCCCUCAACAAACUCUUUUAGUUGUCACAUAUCAGUGAGCAAAGGUAUGGAGCCCGAAGAUGCCUUUCUCUUGUUGUCGAAGCUUUCAGACAUCGCCGACAGCGAACUUGAAAAAACCGUUGCAGAAAAACUGGACUAUCAGCCCCUUGCUUUAGCAAGUGCUGCUAUCUUUGUUAAAGAGAUUCGUCAGGCCGGAGUUUCGGAAAAGUUUGGUUGGAGUGAGUUUUUGAAGAAAUUAGACGAAGGUAAAAGAAGCACUACCAAGGAUAAUCUUGCUAAUACCAACCCAAUUUACCCGAGCACUAUGACUAAAGCAAUUACGUUAGCAGUCGAAUCACAGAUUAUGUCAGACAGAGUUGUUAAACAACUAUUCAAUUUCCUUUGUCUGUGUGCACCGCAACCAUUAAACCUGAGCUUAGCAAUCAAUUACAUUAGGAAAGUAGAUGCAACAGACGAUGAACUUAUUUGCUUGAGAAUCAGAAGGUGCUCACUGCUUAUUUUUGAAGAGGACGAGGCUGGCUGCCGCAUUCGAGUACAUCAGGUUGUGCAUGAUGCUAUCAAAACUUUCAUAAACGCGUAUGGAGACAGUCCAAAGCCAGAGGUCGUCAAUGGUGCUGUUGAAACAUUAAACCAAUUCAUAAUCGAAAUUUCACCAGAGAAUAGGACGCUGCAUUCGAUGCACGUUGUGCCGCAUUUAAGAGCCUUAGCUGAUCAUGUGUUUUUGAAAGGAAGGGUUUCUCAAGUUUAUGAUGAAAGCAUCAUAAAAACAUUUAAAAACUUUGGUCUGGCUUGUCAAGAGCACUGUGAAUUUAACGCUGCGAAAAGGUACUUCAAACUGUUAGCUGUUGUCCAGCUUAAAGAACUUGGAGGUGAGCAUGUUGAUGUCGCAAAGACGUACAAUAACCUAGGUGUAAUUCACCGUAAGCUAGGUGACUUUGAGAAAGCCAAGGAGUAUUACCAACGUUCUUUGGCCAUCAAACUUGAGACGCUCGGCGCCAAACAUGUUGCUGUUGCAACGACGUACGAUAACCUAGGUCUAGUUCACGGUAACCUAGGUGAGUUUGAGCAAGCCAAGGAGUAUCAUGAACGUGCUUUAGCGAUCAGACUUGAGAAGCUCGGAGCCAAACAUGUUGAUGUUGUAACGACAUACAAUAACUUAGGUCUAAUUCACCAAGCCCUAGGUGGCUUUGAGCAAGCCAAGGAGUAUUACCAACAUUCUUUGGCCAUCAAACUUGAGACGCUCAGCGCCAAACAUGUUGCUGUUGCAACGACGUACGAUAACCUAGGUCUAGUUCACGGUAACCUAGGUGACUUUGAGCAAGCCAAGGAGUAUCAUGAACGUGCUUUAGCGAUCAGACUUGAGAAGCUCGGCGCCAAACAUGUUGAUGUUGCAAGGACGUACAAUAACCUAGGUCUAAUUCACAAAGCCCUAGGUGACUUAGAGCAAGCCAAGGAGUAUUACCAACGUUCUUUGGCCAUCAAACUUGAGACGCUCGGCGCCAAACAUGUUGCUGUUGCAACGACGUACGAUAACCUGGGUCUUGUUCACGGUAACCUAGGUGACUUUGAGCAAGCCAAGGAGUAUCAUGAACGUGCUUUAGCGAUCAGACUUGAGAAGCUCGGCGUCAAACAUAUUGAUGUUGCAACGACGUACAAUAACCUAGGUCUAAUUCACCAAGCCCUAGGUGACUUUGAGCAAGCCAAGGAGUAUUACCAACGUUCUUUGGCCAUCAAACUUGAGACGCUCGGCGCCAAACAUGUUGCUGUUGCAACGACGUACGAUAACCUAGGUCUAGUUUACGGUAACCUAGGUGACUUUGAGCAAGCCAAGGAGUAUCAUGAACGUGCUUUAGCGAUCGGACUUCAGAAGCUCGGCGCCAAACAUGUUAAUGUUGCAACGACAUACAAUAAUCUAGGUCUAAUUCACAAAGCCUUAGGUGACUUUGAGCAAGCCAAGGAGUAUUACCAACGUUCUUUGGCCAUCAAACUUGAGACGCUCGGCGCCAAACAUGUUGCUGUUGCAACGACGUACGAUAACCUAGGUCUAGUUCACGGUAACCUAGGUGACUUUGAGCAAGCCAAGGAGUAUCAUGAACGUGCUUUAGCGAUCAGACUUGAGAAGCUUGGCGCCAAACAUGUUGAUGUUGCAAGGACGUACAAUAACCUAGGUCUAAUUCACAAAGCCCUUGGUGACUUUGAGCAAGCCAGGGAGUAUUACCAACAUUCUUUGGCCAUCAAACUUGAGACGCUUGGCGCCCAAAAUGUUGCUGUUGCAACGACGUACGAUAACCUAGGUCUUGUUCACGGUAACCUAGGUGACUUUGAGCAAGCCAAGGAGUAUCAUGAACGUGCUUUAGCGAUCAGACUUGAGAAGCUCGGCGCCAAACAUGUUAAUGUUGCAACGACGUACAACAACCUAGGUCUAAUUCACCAAGCCCUAGGUGACUUUGAGCAAGCCAGGGAGUAUUACCAACAUUCUUUGGCCAUCAAACUUGAGACGCGCGGCGCCAAACAUGUUGCUCUUUCAACGACGUACGAUAACCUAGGUCUAGUCCACGGUAACUUGGGUGACUUUGAGCAAGCCAAGAAGUAUCAUGAACGUGCUUUAGCGAUUAGACUUGAGAAGCUAGGCGCCAAACAUGUUGAUGUUGCAAGGACGUACAAUAACUUAGGUCUAAUUCACAAAGCCUUAGGUGACUUUGGGCAAGCCAAGGAGUAUUACCAACGUUCUUUGGCCAUCAAACUUGAGACGCUUGGCGCCAAAAAUGUUGCUGUUGCAACGACGUACGAUAACCCAGGUCUUGUUCACGGUAACCUAGGUGAGUUUGAGCAAGCCAACAAGUAUCAUGAACGUGCUUUAGCGAUCAGACUUGAGAAGCUCGGCGCCAAACAUGUUAAUGUUGCAAGGACGUACAAUAACCUAGGUCUAAUUCACAAAGCCUUAGGUGACUUUGAGCAAGCCAAGGAGUAUUACCAACGUUCUUUGGUCAUCAAACUUGAGACGCUCGGCGCCAAAAAUGUUGCUGUUGCAACGACGUACGAUAAGCUAGGUAUUGUUCACGGUAACCUAGGUGAGUUUGAACAAGCCAAGGAGUAUCAUGAACGUGCUUUAGCGAUCAGACUUGAGAAGCUCGGCGCCAAACAUGUUAAUGUUGCAACGACGUACAAUAACCUAGGUCUAAUUCACAAAGCCCUUGGUGACUUUGAGCAAGCCAAGGAGUAUUACCAACGUUCUUUGGCCAUCAAACUUGAGACGCUCGGCGCCAAACAUGUUGCUGUUGCAACGAUGUGCGAUAACCUAGGUCUAGUUCACGGUAACCUAGGUGACUUUGAGGAAGCCAAGGAGUAUUAUGAACGUGCUUUAGCGAUCAGACUUGAGAAGCUCGGCGCCAAACAUGUUGAUGUUGCAAGGACGUACAAUGAACUA